UUAGCUUCUAACCCUAUUACACUUUAUAUAUUUUUGUCAGCCAUUGAUUAAUUAUUUUCCAAGAUUUACUCUUUUUAUUGUUGUAUUCUGUGAUAAAUUUUAGAGUUUGUAGAUAUGGGGAUUGUGGAUAAUUAUUUUUCCUUCCGAGCAUUUGGAUUUAUGUAAUUUCAAGGUGAUAAAAAAUGGACAGCAGACGAUUUGGUUAUGAUCAGGAAAUAAACACCCAUGAUAAGAAUCAACAAGAUAGAGAGCAGGAUUCUCUUAUUGAGGAUUUAGCAGAAGACUUUCGUUUGCCUAUUAGUCACAAACCUACAGAAAAUGUCGAUCUGGAUAAUGUUGAACAGGCAUCAUUAGACACAAGGUUGACAGCAUCUAAUAUUGGGUUUAGGCUGCUUCAGAAAAUGGGAUGGAAAGGAAAAGGUCUUGGAAAGGAUGAGCAGGGAAUAACUGAGCCAAUAAAAUCUGGUAUUAGAGAUCCCAAGUUAGGAAUUGGAAAACAAGAAGAAGAUGAUUUUUUCACUGCAGAAGAAAAUAUUCAGAGAAAGAAACUGGAAAUUGAGAUUGAGGAAACAGAGGAACACGCAAAGAAACGGGAGGUGUUAGCAGAACGUGAGCAGAAAAUUCAAACCGAGGUGAAGGAAAUAAGGAAGGUGUUUUAUUGUGAUCUCUGCAACAAGCAGUACAAAUUGGCUAUGGAAUUUGAAGUUCACUUGAGUUCAUACGAUCACAAUCACAGAAAGCGUUUUAAGGAAAUGAGAGAGAUGCACGGCGGUAGCAGUCGUGAUGAACGGCAAAAACGGGAGCUGCAACGACAAGAGAGGGAGAUGGCCAAGUUUGCUCAGAUGGCUGAUGCUCGUAAACAGCAGCAGCAGCAGCAGCAACAGCAGCAACAGCAACAACAGCAGCAGAAUGAAUCUGGAUCUACUCAGGUUCCCAAUUCACUUAAAAGUGCAACGGCACUUGCUGAUCAGGAUCAGCGGAACGUACUAAAAUUUGGGUUCUCUUCUAAAGGUGGUACUUCUAAGAAAUCAUCUGGCAGUGCUGCAAAAAAGUCAAAAGUUGCUGUAGCAUCAGUCUUUGGAAACGAUAGUGAUGAAGAGCAGUAAAUUUUGAACCUUCAGCUGGACAUCAGCUCUAUUUAUUUGGUUGGUGAUUUGUAUUUUCAAUGUUUUGUUUCUGUAAUUUCAAGGAACUUUGUUGUUAUGGAUCCGAAGAUCCUAUUUGAAAGUUCAACAAUGAACUCAACUAUUCUGAGUGACAAACCAAGACAUUAUUGUAUUGCAAACCAUAAUUUGUAUAAUGCUUAAACUGGGUGUAAAAUUUCUCUGAUGCAAGGUUCUGUUUAAUGUGUUCUUGAAAGCA